CCUCUUCUCCCUAUAAAUACUUCCACCAAGCCCUUCGCAUCCUCUUAAUAGAACUAAACUCUCUCAUCUUUCUCCUAUUCUCCUCUUCUCCUCUUCUUCUGCUGUUUUCCACAGUAGUAGGGGUAGGGUUUCUUCCACAGAGUUUGUAAGGUUUUAAAGAGGGAAACGAAGUGUCGGGGUGGUGGCGGCGGAGAUGGAUUCAUACGCUAUCCAUCUGGCCGUGGCGGCUCUGGUCGGGGCUUCUUUUGUGGCAGUAUCAGCCUAUUAUAUGCACCGCAAAACCCUAGCACAGUUGCUUGAAUUUGCGAAGACGGUAGAGAGGGAACGGGAGCGGGAGGAGAACUCGGACGGGGUUGGCCUGGGAGACUCGCCGCAGCAUUUCAGGAAGUACGGCGAGAAGCGAAGGAGCCACAGCAGCGGUCGGAGGAAGGGGAGCGGCUACAACAAGCGAGGCUCGUCGUCCUUGCCGGACGUUACCGCAAUUUCCGGCGUCGGUGAUGGAGAGGACAGGCGUAACGGGGAGUUUUCCGUCGACGGCAUUCCGGUUGGCUUGCCACGGCUGCACACGCUUCCAGAAGGGAAAUCUGGGGCCCUUUCAAAUUCAGCCAAGAGAGCAGGGCAUAUUAUCAGACCGACUUCUCCCAAGUCUCCUGUUGCCAGUGCUAGUGCCUUUGAGAGUGUGGAAGGAUCAGAUGAUGAAGAUAAUUUGCCAGACAAUUCUAAACUGGACACUACAUAUCUGCAUGCUAACGGAACCACUCAGGACCCAGACAGUAAAAGCUUGUUCCCAAAUUUACCUGAUCAUGUCACUGCAAAUGGAGAACAACUGCCAAUAGCUGCUUCGAGUAUGAUUCGUUCGCAUAGUGUAUCUGGUGACCUGCAUGGUGUUCAGCCUGAUCCUGUAGCAGCUGAUAUUCUAAGGAAAGAGCCAGAGCAUGAAACUUUUGUACGACUUAAAAUUUCCCCAACUGAGGUACCAUCGCCUGAUGAAGAGGAGGUCUAUAUUAUUCUAAAAGAAUGCCUUGAAAUGCGAGAGAGUUAUUUAUUCAGGGAAGAGAUUGCUCCAUGGGAGAGAGAAGUUAUCUCUGACCCAAGUACACCCAAGCCUGAUCCAAAUCCAUUUUCUUAUACUCUUGAGGGAAAAAGUGAUCAUUAUUUUCAGAUGGAAGAUGGAGUUGUUCACGUGUAUGCAAAUAAAGAUUCAAAAGACAAGCUUUUCCCAGUUGCUGAUGCAACAACCUUUUUUACUGAUCUGCAUCGCAUACUUAGAGCAAUAGCAACUGGGAAUAUUCGAACCUUAUGUCACCAUCGGUUGGUUCUUCUCGAACAGAAAUUCAACCUUCAUGUGAUGCUUAAUGCGGAUAGAGAAUUCCUUGCACAGAAAAGUGCACCACAUCGUGACUUUUAUAAUGUCAGGAAGGUCGAUACACACGUUCAUCACUCAGCAUGCAUGAAUCAGAAACAUCUUUUGAGGUUUAUCAAGUCAAAACUGAGGAAAGAGCCUGAUGAGGUUGUUAUAUUUCGGGAUGGGACAUAUCUAACCUUAAAAGAAGUUUUUGAGAGCUUGGAUUUAACUGGGUAUGACCUGAAUGUUGACCUUUUAGAUGUUCAUGCAGACAAGAGCACAUUUCAUCGUUUUGAUAAGUUCAAUCUCAAGUACAAUCCCUGCGGUCAAAGUAGGCUCAGGGAAAUUUUCCUUAAGCAGGAUAAUCUUAUCCAAGGCCGUUUCCUUGGUGAGCUGACAAAGCAAGUAUUUUCCGAUCUCGCUGCAAGUAAAUAUCAGAUGGCUGAAUACAGGAUAUCAAUAUAUGGCAGAAAGCAAAGUGAGUGGGACCAACUUGCCAGUUGGAUAGUGAAUAAUGAUUUGUACAGUGAGAAUGUUGUUUGGUUGAUUCAGCUUCCCCGGCUGUAUAAUGUGUACAAGGAUAUGGGAAUUGUUACAUCAUUUCAGAACAUGCUGGACAAUAUCUUUCUUCCCCUGUUUGAGGUUACUGUGAAUCCAGAUUCACACCCUCAGUUGCACGUUUUCUUGAAACAGGUUGUUGGCCUGGACUUAGUGGAUGAUGAAAGCAAACCAGAAAGACGUCCUACAAAACAUAUGCCUACUCCAGCUCAGUGGACCAAUGCUUUCAAUCCUGCAUUUUCAUACUAUGUCUACUACUGUUAUGCUAACCUCUAUACAUUGAACAAGCUACGAGAGUCAAAGGGCAUGACUACUAUCAAAUUCCGUCCACAUUCUGGGGAGGCUGGUGACAUUGACCACCUUGCUGCAACCUUUCUUACGUCUCACAAUAUUGCACAUGGAAUUAAUUUGAGAAAAUCUCCUGUACUUCAGUAUCUGUAUUACUUAGCACAGAUUGGUCUGGCUAUGUCUCCUCUGAGCAACAAUUCCUUGUUUUUGGAUUAUCAUCGGAAUCCUUUUCCUAUGUUUUUCCUUCGGGGCCUCAAUGUUUCCCUCUCUACAGAUGAUCCACUACAAAUCCACCUAACAAAAGAACCCUUGGUGGAAGAAUACAGCAUAGCUGCUUCUGUAUGGAGGCUGAGUUCAUGUGAUUUAUGUGAAAUUGCCCGUAAUUCAGUCUACCAAUCAGGUUUCUCACAUGCUCUGAAGUCACACUGGAUUGGCCAAGAAUAUUACAAGAGGGGACCAGAUGGAAAUGAUAUUCGCAAGACAAAUGUGCCUCAUAUCCGGGUGGAAUUCCGUGAAACGAUCUGGAGAGAGGAAAUGCAGCAGGUUUAUCUGGGCAAAUUCAAACUCCCUGAAGAGAUUGAAAAAUAAUUUGCUAGCUGCAUGCUCUCACACUCUUGAACAUUAGUACGUCUUCAAGAUGUAGGAUGUGGAAGAACUUGCAUUUUUCACCUGUGCUUAUCCAGCAGGGAAGAGACCAUUUUGGCUUGGGCAGGCAAGCUGAGAAGUGACUUGGCAUGAACGAUGAGAUGAGAGAAAUCAAACAAGGACAUCAAUAUACCACGUGAAUGAAAUCACAAGACAGAGAGAUCCCUGAAAUCUGAGUGAGAGGUGAAUAGUUAAAAUACAGCCCAUAGCUAAACCAGGUCAUCCUGUUGUCUGAGCAAGUAACUCAAUAAAAAUUUUGCUUGUGUUUUAGGAUUGGGUAAAAUAAUUUGAUAUAUAUCUUAAAGCUUUAAUUUUGUGGUGCGGAGGUGGGUCCUGUGUAACAUGCAAUCAAUACAUGUUAUGAUAUAUCCUGAGAAGCAGGAAAGAGUAGAGUAGUAAUCUCUAUUGCUUCUUCAAGUUUGACCUUUUAUAAUUAUAAUAUGAUGCAUUAUAGUAGUAUGUGGCUAUUUCUUAGAUGGAACAUUGCAGGAUUGUAAUCCUCUCUCUGUAAUAAUAAAUAAUAAUAACCAUAAUAAAAUAAGGGGAGUAUAUGUUAUUUUA